UCUACUCUCAGAGCUUGUCUCUUCAAGAACUGUCUCAAGAUAUUACUGCCACUCAAUAUUUCUAUUGCUUCAUAAUAUAUAAAUCAAUCAAUCAAUCAAUCAAUCAAUCAAUCAAUCAAUUAUAAUUAUGUCACUAUCUAAGACUGUUAAUGUUAGUAUUAGUAAUUAAAAAUGAUGGUGACAAUUUACGGUUAUAAGUGAUGUUAUACUGAGUGUUUUAUUUAAAUGUGUAUAGUUACUGGUAUAUAUGUAUAUGUACAUAAAACAAAGAUUAUAAUUUAAAGUGAUACAUUAUUAUUAUUAUUAUUAUUAUUAUUAUUAUAAGUGAUUAAUAAUAAUAAAUUAAUAAAUUUAAAAAAUCUGUUUACAAAUAAAAGUGGGUAAAUUCAAGAAUGACAGUUUUAAGAAUGACAAGCUCACCUAUGACGUCUCCGUCAACGAGUCCGAGCUCACCUGAGCAUGCUCAGGCACUUGAACCAUCAACUAGGUCAUCGUCAACUCAUCAGCCAUUGAGUUUUUCAGUAGCGGCCCUUCUUGCGGACACUAAAAAAUCAAACAACAGAGCAGUAGUAUUAGAAUCUGCAUCAUGCCCGCUAGUUAUUUCAUCAAAAACAUCUGAUGUUUAUCAUCCAUCUCCAAGUUCAUCACCAAUUUCUUCAUCACUAUCAUAUUCUUCUGGGAAUAGUCAACUACAUCGUCAACCAUUAUUUCCUCGAAUAUCAUUAUCGAAUCAUCAUCAUUCUCAUAAUAACAAUAAUAAUAAUAAUAAUAAUAAUAAUAAUCAAUCACCAAGUACUGUAGUUAAUUCGUGUUAUACCACUAGCCGUACACAAUCACCUGGUGGAGUGAGUGACAGUAGUUGUAGUGAUUCUAUUAGAGUAACAAACAAUUUAUCACCUGUAGAAAAAUUAAGUGCAACAGUAUCAUCAAAUGUAAAUAUAAUGGCAUCAUCAACGACCGACGGUCGCUCAACUCACCUGAUAAUCAGUCAGAAAUCUACCUCAUCUCCAUCAUCAUCAUUAUCACCAAACACCGGAUGUUCGAUAAGAUUUAAUGAUAGAUCUACAUCGAUUCAACUAUCAACAUCAGAUAUGUUAGUUGGAUCACAAUCACCUCGAAGCUCUCAUGAAGAAAGACAUUCAAGAUGCUCGGAAUUAGAUAUGGAAGAGGAGGAUGAUGAAGGAUGUUUAGUGGAUGUUGAGGACUUGGAGCAACAAAAAUCUUCAAGUCCAACACCCGUCAGACCAAUGCCCGGUUACGUUGGAGGUUUUUCAACAUUAGGAUCAAUACUGGGAUUACCAACGAGUCUUCAUCCAGCUGUUUGGGGUGGUACCGGACCUACUCACAGAUCUGUUGCUGCUACUGUUGCUGCCGCCGCUGCUGCUGCCAGUUAUUUUCCAACACAUUUUUCUCAUCAUGCACCUUUAAACGAACAUGGAGAACCAGCUAAGAUAAAGUGUAAUCUCAGAAAACACAAACCUAACCGAAAACCUCGAACACCGUUUACAACACAACAAUUACUUGCUUUGGAGAAAAAAUUUCGAGAAAGACAGUAUUUGAGUGUUGCAGAGAGAGCUGAAUUUUCUUCAUCAUUACAUCUAACUGAAACUCAGGUAAAAAUUUGGUUUCAAAAUCGACGAGCCAAAGCGAAGCGAUUACAAGAAGCUGAAAUUGAAAAAUUACGUAUGUCAGCAGUAAGGCAACAUCAUAAUUCUCUGUACGGUGCACACCACGGACUCCUUGGACCUGCCGCAGCACUUUAUCCCGUCGGCAUGUUGUCUCAUCCUGCUGCUGGCAUUCCACCUCACCAUACAGUUGCACCGCAUCCGGCGAGAGAAUAAAUUGACAAUAAUAAUGAUGAUAAUGAUGAUGAUAAUAAACGCAAGACAUAUUCGUUCACACGGUGCACUCAUUUUAGAUUUUACCAAGACAAUAAAAUCUACUUAAGAAAAUAUUUAACUCCAUAUAGAUACAUGAUAUUUUUUAUCACAAAUUAGUCUAUUAAAUGAGUGCAACUAUUUUUUAAAUAUUAAAACAACUGAGAAUA